CCUCGGCGCCCCCUCCGCGCCGCGCCGCUCCUUCCUUCGUCUUCGUCUUCCUCCUUUUCUCCCGCUGCGAAUCGGGGCCGAAGAUGAACUGUUAAAAGGCCGAUCCAAGGCUCCGGGACUGUUCCAGGCCGUUGGGAAGGUCGGCCGGGGUUUGGGGUGAACCUCUCGAUGAGAGAGCCUGUGAUCCCUGGGACAAGCAUGGCUUACCACCCAUUCCUACCUCACCGGGCCCCGGACUUCGCCAUGAGCGCCGCCGUCUUAGGACACCAGCCGCCUUUUUUCCCGGCCCUGGCUCUGCCUCCCAACGGCGCGGCGGCUCUCUCCCUGCCGGGGGCUCUGGCUAAACCGAUUAUGGACCAGUUAGUGGGAGCGGCGGAUUCCGGCAUCCCUUUCUCUUCCUUGGGAGCUCACCAAGCCGCGGCUCACCUGCGGCCUUUGAAAACCCUUGAGCCCGAGGAGGACGUGGAGGAUGACCCCAAAGUCCACCUGGAAGCCAAGGAGCUUUGGGAACAGUUUCACAAACGGGGCACCGAGAUGGUCAUCACCAAAUCCGGAAGGAGAAUGUUUCCACCCUUUAAAGUGAGAUGCACGGGCCUGGAUAAGAAAGCCAAAUACAUUUUAUUGAUGGACAUUGUGGCAGCUGAUGAUUGUAGAUAUAAAUUCCACAAUUCCCGGUGGAUGGUGGCUGGGAAGGCUGACCCGGAGAUGCCAAAGAGAAUGUACAUACAUCCGGACAGUCCAGCAACAGGCGAGCAGUGGAUGUCCAAAGUCGUGACUUUCCACAAACUUAAACUGACUAACAACAUUUCAGACAAACAUGGAUUUACCAUCCUGAACUCCAUGCAUAAGUACCAGCCUCGGUUUCAUAUUGUCCGAGCCAAUGACAUCCUCAAGCUGCCUUACAGCACCUUCCGCACUUACGUUUUCCCCGAGACGGAAUUCAUUGCGGUGACCGCAUACCAAAACGAUAAGAUAACUCAGUUGAAAAUCGACAACAAUCCUUUUGCCAAAGGCUUCAGAGACACAGGGAAUGGGAGAAGAGAGAAAAGAAAGCAACUGACCCUCCAAUCAAUGAGAGUUUAUGACGAGAGGCAGAAAAAGGAGAAUGGGACUUCUGAUGAGUCUUCUAGUGAACAAACAGCUUUUAAAUGCUUUGCUCAGUCAACUUCUCCUGCUGUGUCUGCAGUGGGUACCUCUAAUCUUAAAGAUUUGAGCCCCAGCGAUGGGGAAAGCGACUCAGAAAGCAAAGAAGACCCCUCAGAAGCCGGCGACACUGGGAAAAUCUCAACCACUACUGCCUCCCUUACUGUUGCCAACAGCAGCUCUUCAGCAGCUGGAGGAAACGGGGCUGACCCGCGGGAGAAAAUUAGUCCCUCCAAGAUCCUGCUCUUCCCUCCGGACUCGCGGAGCGUCCGGGAGAGUGUCUCCAAGGCCCCACCACCACCGCCGGACUCUAGGCACAGCCCCUCCACCAUCACUUCCAGCACCCGGGGCUUGGGUGGGGAGGAAGUCAAGAGCCCCCCGCGGGAGGACUGCCGGGGCUUGGCCAAGGAGCCCUUCAGCCCCUUGACGGUUCAGACAGACGGUGCCGCUUCUGCUGCUGCUGCCGCUGCCGCUGCCGCCGGCCACCUCACCCAGGGCCACUUGUCCAACCUGACUUUCUCCUCGCACGGCCUGGCUGGCCAGCAGUUCUUCAACCCGCUGGGGAACGGGCACCCUUUGCUUCUCCACCCCAGCCAGUUUGCCAUGGGUGGCACCUUUUCCAGCAUGGCUGGGAUGGGGCCUCUACUUGCCACCGUCUCAGGGGCUUCGGCUGGAGUAACUGGGCUGGACAAUACAGUGAUGGCCACGGCAGCAGCAGCCCAGGGCUUGUCUGGAGCUUCAGUAGCCGCCGCCGCCGCAGCUUUGCCCUUCCAUCUCCAACAGCACGUCCUGGCCUCGCAGGGCUUGGCCAUGUCUCCCUUCGGAAGCCUCUUCCCUUACCCUUACACCUACAUGGCCGCCGCCGCCGCCGCGGCCUCGACCGCCGCCAGCAGCUCGAUGCCCCGGCACCCGUUCCUCAGCGCCGUGCGCCCUCGCUUACGCUACAGCCCCUACUCCAUCCCGAUGCCUUUACCGGACAGCAGCAGCCUGCUCGCCACCACGUUGCCCUCCAUGGUCAGCGGCGGCGGCGGCGGCGGCGGCGGGGCUGAAGGCAAAGCCGGCAGCCCGGCCUCGGGGGUCUUGGACUCCGGCUCGGAACUCAACAGCCGCUCCUCCACUCUCUCCUCCGGCUCGGCGGUCUCCUUGUCCCCCAAGCUCUGCUCCGACAAGGAACCCACGAGCGAGCUUCAGAACAUCCAGCGCUUAGUGAGUGGUCUGGAGCCCAAACAGGACAGGGACAGGUGGUGGGACUGA